AUGGGGGCCCCAACAAACCCUUUAGGGCCCCCAGUCUCUCUUGCGGGGCGUUGUAGCAGCAGCAGCAGCAGCAACACCAGCAGCACCACACUGUCUCCUUCUCUCUCUUCUAUUAUAUACCUUUCUCUUGAGGGCCCCUCUCAUCUCUUUCUUAUUCACUUCACCUUGAAGGGGCCCCUAGGGGGCCCCAUCUCUUACCUAAUGGGGGGCCCCCAUAACACAGAAAGUAGCAUUCAAGGGGGGCCCCCAGGUACUCCUGGGGCCCCCCAGGUACCCUUGGGGGCCCCCAAGGGGCCCCAGGGGCCCCCGGGGGGCCCCCUUUGCCCGGGGCCCUCGGAUGAGAGGGAAGAGGAGAAGGAGAAGAAAUGGAGCAGAUUCGACAGAGAGGGCAACUCGGGGCGGUGGGCUGAUAGAGACGCAGAAGGAGACAGCGACGGAGACUGGAGGCGCGACGUGCGGCCCCCCAAGAAAGAAGAGCCUGAGGUCAGCUUCAAAGGCGCCCGCGGUGCAAAGUUCUGUGCUUCGGCUCCAGCAGAAGAAGAAAUAUCAUUUGCAAAUAUUAGAAGGGGUGGAGGGGGGCCCCCUGGGGGCCCCCAAGGGGCCCCUGGGGCCCCUGGGGCCCCCCGUAAAGAAGAAGAGGAAGCAGACUUUUCUAUGGUGCGAAGGAGACCCCCUGCUGCUGCUGCUGCUGCUGGUGCUGGUGCAGCAACAGCAGCAGGAAAGAAAAGCCCACAGGUUGAAGAAGCAGAUUUCUCUCUUGCAAGGAGCGGCCUGCUUAGAGACAGCAGCAGCAGCAGCAGCAGCAGCAGCUUUAGAAGAGGGGGCAUGCAGCAGCAAGCUGAUGAUGCAGUAGACUUCACAGCUGCACGCAAGGGGGGCCCUAGGAGGCCAAACGGCAGCAGCAGCAGCAGCAGCAAUGCAGCAGAUGAUAUAUCUUUCUCCGGUAUUCGUAGCGGUAUCAGGAAUCAGCAGCAGAAACCUGAAGAGGAUAAAGAAAGAUCAAGAGGGUUUAGGGAGGUGUUUGCUGCUGUUGUCUCUGGAGAGCUGCAGCUGCAGCCUCGCCGAGAUGCUGCAGCAGCAGCAGCUGCACCAGCAGCAGAGACUGCUGCAGCAGAACCUGCUGAAGCACCAGCAGCAGAGCCUGCAGCACCAGCACCAGCAGCAGAGCCUGCAGCACCAGCAGCAGCAACACCCGCAGCGACGCCUCCAGCUGCAGCAGAAGAGACACAAGAACAGAAGAGCUGCAGCACAUCCCCUCAAACGAAUCCUGAUGCAGAAGAAGCAGCAGCAAGUGAGCAGGUGCAGCAGGAGCAGCAGCAGCAGCAGCAGCAGCAGGCAGCUUCAACAACACCCAGCAGCGAGUUAUCGUCUGGGGAGGGUAGCAGCAACUCUCGAGAUGCUGCAGCAGCUUCACCUGCUGCGUCUUCGGAGUCUGCAGCAGCUGCUGCUGCAGACUCUGAGGGAAAGUUCGUCCCUAGAUGGAAGAGACAAACUGCAGCAGAACCAGCAGCAGCAGCAGCAGCUGCUGCUGGUGGUGCUGCAGCAGCAAAGCCACCGUUGAGAGAAGAGCCCGUUGUGCUUCAGCCUAUAAAGCUGUCGUCUCUAAGGGGAUCAGGUGCAGCAGCAGGAGCAGCAGCAACAACACCAGGUGCUGCUGGUGCUGCUGCUGGCAGCAGCAGCAGGUACGUGCCUCCCUGCCGCCGCGGUGGUGAGGGAGGUGCUGCAGCAGGAAGAGGGCAGCAGCAGCAAGGCAGCAGCAGCAGCAGUGCAGUAAGCUCUCUGUUGAGUUCUGCAGCAGCAGCGCGUGAAGCAGCAGCAGCAGCAGAAGCAGCACAGAAGAAGCAGCAGCAGGAGCUAGCAGCAGCACGCCGACAGCAGCUGGAGCAGAAGCGACAGCAGCAAGAGCAGCACCUGCUGCGCAUGCAGCACGCCUUCCGCUGCAGCAACCCGGAGGCGCUGCAGCAGCUCGUGCAGAAGCUGCAGCAGCACCUUGAUAAGCAGCAGCAAGGAGACUCUCUCUCCAGUGAGGAGACAGCUGCUUUGCUGUCUCUGGUUCCUGCUGCUGACGAGGGUUCUCUUGCCUUCCCUCUUUGCUGCGUUGCUUUAGCUGCAAGGACAGGGCUUGCUGCAGCAGGCAGCAGCAGCAGCAGCAGCAGCGACAGCAGCAACAGCAGCGAGUACUUGCGCAGCAAAUGCAAACCCCUUGUCUCUAUUGUGCAGCAGCUCAUGAAGAAAGCAAGAAAUGAAUAUAAAGACUCUCCAGGGGCAGCGGCGCUGCUGCUAAGACAGACAGCCAGACUCAUCAACGAGAUCGGCUGUCCCCGUCUAUCGCCUGCGAGUGCAUUAGCGGAGGCUCUCUUUGAUUGGCUCCUCUUAGAAAAUAUUCUUCUUCAAGAUGAGUUCGUUGCUUGGUUGGAGGAUGUGAAUGAUGACACGCCAGGGCGCACUGCUGUGAUGUUCCAGGUGUCUUCUUGGGGUUUGUGGCUUCGCGGCGAACUUGGCCUAAGGGAAGAGCCCAGCGAAUCAGAGGAGGAGGAAGAAGACAUUGAGGCUCUGAUACCGAAGCGAAGCACUCUGAAGAUAAGCAGAAAGCUGAGGUGA